AUGUGUCUCCACUAUUGCAUCUUUCGCAGGGUGGGUUGGCCAUUGGGCCAUGGCAGUAGCUCCAGUCGCUCCUGUGUGUCGAAUGCAUCCCACAUUGUUAUUUGGAUGGCGUCGGCUAGAGAUGAUUUACUGGAGGUCACGUCAUCUGGCGGCGAGUCACAAUUGAAUGAGCGUCAGUUGUCAGCCCUUGUGCAUUUUAAAGAUAUCUCUGGUAUCAACGAAGAUGAUGUCGCAAAAAAUAUCCUGGAAUCAAAUAGUUGGGAUCUUGAGGCAAUUUCAUUUCUUCUUAACUUGGAUUUUAGAGGGCUGUUAAUAGUUUUAUGGGUUACGGUGACCCAAGUGAUCAACGAGUUCGUAGAAGAAACUUUCCUCCUCCUCCGAUUGAUGUUUCACCGCAAAAUCAACAUAUUUAUUACGCUCCACGUGAUCGGCUUCCGUGGCACAUACAAUUUUCCUCAUUUGUGUUCGCCCCGCUUCGCUUUGCAUGCAACUUAUUUUGUGAUCUAUUCAAAUUUCUAUUGUCUUUCAUUUGGUCAGACUCUCGCCGUUGUAAUAAUAACUAAUCCUGCGGACGACGUUCGCAACUUCAUCGACGAUUUUAAGAGAAGGUACCUGUCUGCUGCUUACGAAGUUCAGGAAGAGAGUGAUGUAGAUGCGGUAAUGCCUUCACCGCCUGUGCCCCCUUUCUACAACGGUACUUACGGUGAAGCUUUGAAAGAAGCCAAACAAAGCUUGCGCUUCUUAAUCAUCUACCUCCAUGGUGACUCGCACGAAGACACCGACGCAUUUUGCCGAGAUACUCUUCUUGAUCCAAUUCUACUGGAUUUCCUCAACAACACGGAACAAUUGUUGUUUUGGGCGUGCAAUGUUAAUUCUGCUGAGGGUUAUCGUGUUUCUCAGACUCUUAGAGAACAUACGUACCCCUUCAUCGGCGUUGUUGGUUUAUCUAGUGACCCUGCCUACUCACAGACGUCUUUCGGUCCGCCUACCCGUAUGGCUCUUCUUGGUCGUAUUGAGGGUCUCACUAGCGCACCCAUCUUAAUUCAACAUAUCACGAAAAUAAUGAAUGACCACCAAGGCAUUUUGGUGGCCGAACGAGCCGAAAGGGCGGAGCGUGAGCUGUCAACGCGUUUACGGCAGGAACAGGACGAGGCUUUUGCUGCUUCACUUGCGCGAGACCGCGCAAAGGCGGCAGAACGUGCGGCACACGCGGAGGCGGAAGCGCGCCUCGCUCAGGAGACCGCAGAGACGCAGCGCCGCGAGAAGCUUCUCUCCCGUGCUCGACUUCGCCGUCAACGCCGCUGGGCCACCUCACUUCCUGCCGAGCCUUCUGCAUCCGUUUCCACAGAGGUUGUUCGACUCUCUAUUAAACUGCCGAACGGACGUCGCGCCCAGCGCCUGUUUUCUGUCAAGGACUCGGUGAAACUUCUCUACUACUUCAUAAUCUCCCAGGAGGAUGCUCCAAAGCACUUCGCUGUGGAAUCUAAUUACCCGAAGCGAAUAAUCGAAUGCCGUCCAGGAGACGAAAGUGACAUUGAGGAAUACAUUCCCGAGGAAAAUCACGGUAGCAACAGCGUCGACGACGUUCUGACCAGGCAGGUGGAUGAUUGGGAGCCAAACAGUUUAACGGAUCCCCCCUCUUUCAAAGAUGCAGGACUCGCACACCCAGAAAUGCUUUUCAUCCUUGACAUGGACUCUUGA